CAAUGUCGACACUGUCUCUUGAGUCCCUCCGCUUAAACGAUGACGACUGUCCAUCCCCAGCUGAGCUCAAAGACUCGGAGGAUGAGUUUGACAAAGACUUGGAGUCAGAUGCAAAUGAGAUGGACAACAAUGAGCUGCACACUGCUGAAGUGUACAUGCAGGCCUGCAAGCUGGUGGGUGUGGUGCCAGUUUCCUAUUUUAUUCGAAACCUCGACUCUCCAACCAUGACGCUCACCUACCAUGGGUUAGGACCUUUGGGAUGCAAGGCACUUGCUAUUGCUUUAGUGACUGAUACUCACAUCAACACCCUGGAACUGGCAGACAAUUCCAUUCAAGCCGAGGGAGCCAAAUACAUCAUGGAGACGUUGAGGGCUAAUUUCACCAUUCAGCACCUGGAUUUAUCCAACAACCAUCUGAAAUCCACUGGAGCCGAGCAUGUCGCUAAAAUGUUGCUGGACAGCAUUUCAUUAAAAUCUGUGAAGCUUUCAGGGAAUGGAUUUAUUGAUGAUGAUGCUAAACAUUUUGCAGAUGCCCUGUCACUCAAUGCCAGGAUAAAGCAACUGGACCUGAGCCAUAAUGAGUUUUGUGGAAAAGGAGGGGAGUAUUUGGGGCAGCUGCUUGCGAACAAUGAGGGGCUGGAGGUGCUGGACCUCAGCUGGAAUCAUCUAAGAAUGAAAGGGGCUGUGGCGUUUUGUGCUGGAUUAAAGGUGAACAUGAUGUUAAAGCACCUUGACUUAUCAUGGAAUGGUUUCGGGAAUGAGGGCGCCUUGGCAAUGGGUGAGGCCCUCAAAUUCAACAACACUCUGGUGCAUCUCAACCUCAGCAACAACCGCCUCACCAAUGAAGGUGUCAGCAUGCUGUGCAGGGGUCUUGAAUUCAAUGACACGCUCAGAGUCCUGAUGCUGGCUUAUAACUCUUUGACAGUAGAGGGAGCACUGGCCCUUAUCAAUGUGGUGAAGAACACGCCUAAAACUGCCUUAGAGGAGAUCAACAUAUGUAAUGUGCUCGUAAAUGAGAACUUUGUGCAUCUGUUGGAGGUGACACGUCAGGAGCAUCCUGGUCUGGAUGUGCAGUACGGAGGCGUGGGAGGCUUCAUCGCUAAGAAGCCACCAAAACGUGUCGAUCCAAUGAAAAUCAUUCAGGAUUAUCUGGACCAGCGUAAACUGCGGCUGUGGGAUUUCUUUCGAAACAUCGACAAAGAUGGCAUCAUGAGAGUCUCUGUUUCUGACUUCAGGAAAGCAGUUCAGCAAUCAAGCAUUCCCCUGGACCGAUACCAGAUUGAGGAGCUGAUUCAGAGACUUGAUCGGGACAGGACAGGAAUUGUAGACUACAGGGGACUGGCAGAUACAAGGAAACAAAUGAUGAGGGAUCACCGCCGCCAGCUUAGGAAAGUUGAAUCCCGUCAGAAGAAAGAGAAGCAAAAGAGCGACCGCAUUCUCAAAACCUUCCAAAGUGCCGUGGAGGCGGUAACGCCUCGCAGCUCCAUGGUCAUCUCUCCGGGAGGUGCCAAAGAAGACUCAAGUGGGCCUCAACACUUUUCUGCCACCCCUCUCAGCUCGUGGCACCACAUUGUCAUGUCCAACAGCAGCCGCUACUCUGUUAACAUGAGCAAUGAGCAUGUCCACCUGCCCAUGCUAAGAGCCAGCACACCUUACCGUGCCACCACUUCCCCUGGAAUGCGCUCUUACUCCCAACCCAACCUCUCGGCUGACUCCCCUCACUCUGCUCCAAACAAGUCCAUCUCUGCUCAGGGUGUUCGCUCUGAUCCAGAGAUGAGCCACAGCAAGCUAAGCCCCACUUCUAACAGCCUGACGAGGUCCAGGCCUGCGCUUAAUGGAAAGCAGUCACAGGGGAAAGUCAAAACCAAGAAAGUGAAGAAAAAGAAACCUAAGAAGAAUGCAGAUAAAGCCUCGAAGAACCCUGCAGUGACUGUCAAGUGA